CGCAGUCACCGUCCGUGCUCGAAAAUGUACGAUUUUUAUCAUUGGCCGACUGUAACACAUACUUAUGAGUGCUGCCGACUAAGAUUUCAAAGUGUGUGUUGGUACCAGCAGCGAUGCCCAUAGGUAGGGUUUUCUUUCGAGGGACAUUCGCGUAUAUAAGACCUGAAUUCACCUGGCCAGACUCAGUACACUUUCAAUCACAACGUGGCCAAGAAGGGACUACCAACGGUGGUAAUCAAUCGUAACGGCAACACUUGAGUAUUUACGUUAUUGGACUGUUCGGCACAUUCCUGAAGAGAGAUAGUCAGACUGUCCAUCAUGAAAUUAGCAUUAACAUCUCUUGUCAUCGUUGCCGUUUUGGCAUGCUUCGUCCACGAUGCAUCAGCCCAGCGAAAUUGGUGGGAAAUAAACCAAGAUGGUUCGGUGGCGCUCACAACCUCGAGGACGUCAACUUCCGCUCCGGCAACAGUGGCUACACUCCCUACAGCUUCCGGGUUGCCUGCCAACUGUCCAUGCGUCACUACUCUGCAGUACAAUCCAGUCUGUGGUGAUAACAGAAUCACCUAUACCAAUCCAGAAACGCUGAAAUGUGCCCAAGAUUGUGGCCUAGCCGUGAAACUGCUCUUCCAUGGACGCUGUGAAAAGCUUCCAUAAGAAGUAUAAUUUGCCGGAGUCUUCAACAUAAUCGCAGUAAUAAAACAUCGUAAACUUGUACAAGAGCAUACAUGGAGAUAUCACAAUACGACAGAGUAAAAAAGUGAACUUACCCAACAAACGUGAGAAUUGAGCAGCUGGCCUGUAGAGCGGAUACUGCUUUGGGAACGUUUCGUUUGACCAGUGCGUGUCCAUCCGUAAUUUGUAAACCGCCAACGUAUUCGAUUUGCAGAUAUCGUUGCGCGAUACUCU